CAUUGCAACCCCAACAGGUGCAGGCGUGGACCGAGCCGGGACGUUGGGGCAUCGAGUUGCUCGCCAAACCCGGCAGACAAGGGAACGGCCAGAACCGACUCUCGACUAAAUUAGCCAUCGAUUAUGGGAUUUUGCAUUCGUUUGAGAUUCUGAACAACCGGCAGUCUCAGGAUGCAUCCGGUUUCCAGCUUGACUGAGGCCUCGCCCAACAACACUGACGAUUUGCGCCCUGUGUCACGCUUGCCUGCAAGCCCCGAAACCCACCACCUUGCUUUGAACGCCAUCUCCGAGGACCAUGUCCUACAACCAGACGGCGCCUCUCCGCCGGUGCGGAAAGACACUAGCUCGUCGAUAUCGACUGCGGCAACCCUCGUGACCUCGGCGACGCUCGGUACGGAAGAAACACCCGGGACUCCAUACAGCAGCGUUGCUUCAUCGCCUACCACCUUCGCCGCCCAGGCUGUAUUUUCUGCCAGGGACGGGAGUAAUGUGACCCAGCAACGCCGUGCAAGUCGGCGUCGGACCGGCCCCCUGACGGCCGUGCAGCGCGAACGCGCCCACCUGAUUAGGAAGAUGGGUGCUUGCCCUGACUGCCGCCGAAGGAGAGUUGCCUGCCACCCCAACCACCAUAAUAUGACAUGGGAGGACGCUGCAAAGAGGUUCAGGUCACAUGAGACCUCGUCCCAAGGACUCUCUCCGAUAAUAGGGCCACAAAUAAGUCCUGCGCCGCUGAACACAAGACCGUCGUUCUCCCAGGACUCCCGGGAGAUGGACAUAGACACCUCGCCGACGCAACAGCACGCCCAGCCGUCGUUGAGCGAGGCACGCAUCAGGACCCCUCUUCCGUCUGGCCCGCGGCCCGACAAGCACGUGAACCUGCCACCUCUACCCGGGUUCGAUAAUUUCAGGGCGGACCUUCAAGGAAGCGCAGAUCGAAUUCUGGAAAGCCCCUUCCGCAGCCGUUAUGCCAACGCCUCGGUUCUGAUGGUGCGGUGGCAGGACGACGAGGACGCCGGGGCCCAGAGUGCUCUCAACGAUCUGGCCAAGACAUUCCACGAAAACUACCACUAUACCGUCCACAUCAAGACGAUUCCGGCAUCGACAGAGGACUCCCGGACUCCCUGGUUGUGGUUAUCCCAGGCGGUUACAGACUUCAUCGCGGAUCACAACCAGCGCGACUGUUUAAGAAUAUUUUACUACAGCGGGUAUAGCUAUUUAGACGGCGACCGGGAGAUGGUUCUCGCAAGCUCUAAACACGCCGACCCUGCCUCGGUCAUUCGAUGGAACGGCAUUCAGUCGUUUUUCGAAAACGCCCGUUCGGACGCUCUACUCCUCAUGGAUUGCGCGCAUUACCCCACGCACACAGCGUCGCGGCGGACAGGCAUGCUGGAGUUGAUCGCUGCAUCCGCCGGAGAGGAUCACGUCGAACAUCUUGGAAGAAGUGCCUUCACUCGCGCGGUGACAGACCAGCUGCGAAAGAGGGCUGCUCAACCAUAUAGAGAACCGUUUUCUUCGGCCGAACUCCACGCCAGGCUACUAUCGUUGUAUCCCGAGAUAAUACGAGAACAAAACCCGGAGAAGGAGUCUGUUGUGAGGUUCCCCACGCCGCUGAGCAUGCAGCUUUCCGGCACGAAAACACUGCCGUCCAUACUCCUGGCCCCGCUGCAGCACGGCGAAGUCCCUCGUCCUCCGUCAAGCGGGGCGCAGAUUAGCAUAACGUUCCGAUUGACAGACGAUCCGUUUAACAUGGAUAGCUGGGCUGAAUGGCUCCGCAUGAUGCCCGGAGGUAUCACAGAAGCGAGGGUGGAUGGCCCCUAUCGCGAUACGUUUCGAUGACAGCAGUGAGCGACCGCCUCGUGCGGCAUCACUGCUAGGAAUUGGUACAACUAGCACAUUGGCGAGUGCCUCGCCGCUAGGUCGACGGACACAGAAUGCCUGUAACGUUUCCCCAGACUCCGACGAGUCGUGUUUCCUUUCCCACAUGAUCUAUUUCAGCCUUGCGCAACCUCAGCUCGUAUCCUCAUUUCGACGACCUUAUGACGGCGAAGCUCUUCAAUCUAAUAGAGCCACUGAAGAGCGAGGCCUCUCUUGGAGUCUGAGCCGCUGUUUUUCCUUGGAAAGGGGAAUGGAAUGGAGGCGAGUGUGGAGGGAGAUUGUAU